AUGCAUCGCGGCAACUUCCAAUUGUGCGGAGUGUACAUCCAGGUACUUUGGUCAAGGGAGAAGUCCCAGAGGGAAAACGAUAAAUUAGAAAUGCCGUCAUACGUGCAAUUCAUUCAUGCGUCUACCGAUCGUAGUAUAGAAAUUGAAGGUAUAGUCACGGCAACUCAAUUUAAGAAGGGCUGGAACUGGGCUGCCAGGCUUCUUCGUCUCGUUCGGGCUCUUACCCAUAGAAAUGAUAGAUACUAG